AAGUAUGUUGAAAAACAUGGCUGCCGCAAGAUGUUCCACGUGGGUAGCAACUCCUCGUGUAGGCAGCACAUUCGGGGGCACUAUGCAGUGUAUAAACAGAAGUGUAUGGCGCUGAAGAUUCCUGAAAACCACCACGCCAUUCCACGAGCAUUCGUCAAAGCAGCGCAAGAGGGAAACAAACAAAUGAAA